AGAGAGAGCAGGGGUGAAGGGGGUGUGUCUUUAGCGCUCAACACACAGGGACGUUGGUGAGUACCACCCUGCCACAGACCCCUGCAGAACUGCGAAACAGCUGCAAGCCUGGCACAAUCUAUUUUUCCACCUGGGGUUUUUAAAGACAACUGAGGAGCCAGUCUUGAGUAACCACCUCUUUGCAUUAGUCCAACACUGCCUGCUGCUCCCCUUUUUGUGCCAAACCUUCCUCCCAUAUACCCCGUAUCACCUAAUGGGCGGCCCCUCAGACGGUUCUAGAAGUAAGCCAUCGCAGCUAGUGUCGCACCCCUAACAGCAGCCAUUGGAUAUGGAGAUGAAACAGCCGGCGACGAUGAAUAGAGAGAACGAGUGGGAGAAAGAAAAAAACGAAGAAUCGCAGGAGAACGGACGGCUCAUGGCCGACAACGUCACGGAGAAGGGUCAGAAGGCCAACUCGGGGUCAGGCCAGGUCUCCAACGGUUACCCGAGCACGUCCCCGCAGAGCCCCAGGGAGGCAGGGACGGGAGGGGGGGACAACGGGAACACUCCCGGAGCGUUCAGGACGCUGAUGGUCCAGCAGACAUGCCUGGAUCCACCCAGAGAAACCUGGAGCAAGAAGAUGGAUUUUCUCCUCUCCGUCAUUGGAUACGCAGUGGACCUGGGCAACGUGUGGCGUUUCCCGUACAUCUGCUAUCAGAAUGGAGGAGGUGCCUUUCUUCUGCCCUACCUGUUGAUGGCAGUGUUUGGGGGCGUGCCACUAUUCUACAUGGAGCUAGCGCUAGGCCAGUUCCACCGCAGUGGCUGUAUCUCCAUUUGGAGGCACAUUUGCCCCAUCUUCAAGGGUAUUGGCUUUGCUAUCUGCAUCAUUGCACUGUACAUAGCAUUUUACUACAAUACCAUCAUGGCCUGGGCUCUGUACUAUCUCCUGUCGUCCUUCCAGUCCACACUGCCCUGGACGACUUGCAACAACACAUGGAACACGGUCAGCUGCACUCGGUACCUGUCCACCGACCGCAACAUCUCCUGGACCAACACCUCUAUAUCUCCUGCUGAGGAGUUCUAUACACGGCAGGUGCUUCAGGUGCACUUGUCCCCAGGGUUGCACCAACUUGGGGCAGUUAGCUGGCAGCUAGCCCUCUGCCUUCUCUUCAUCUUCACCGUAGUCUACUUCAGCAUCUGGAAGGGGGUCAAGACCUCUGGAAAGGUGGUGUGGGUUACAGCCACCUUUCCCUACUUAGUCUUGGUGAUCUUACUUGUAAGAGGAGCUACACUGCCAGGAGCAUGGAGAGGAGUGGUCUUCUACCUGAAACCUGACUGGAAAAAGCUCCUCACCACCACAGUUUGGAUAGAUGCAGCUGCUCAGAUUUUCUUCUCCCUGGGGCCAGGAUUUGGUGUUCUUUUGGCCUUCGCUAGUUACAAUCCCUUCAACAACAACUGCUACAAAGAUGCCUUGGUGACCAGUUCGGUGAACUGCCUGACGAGUUUUCUGUCAGGCUUUGUGAUCUUCACUGUGCUGGGCUACAUGGCUGAGAUGAGACACCAAGGAGUAGAAACAGUGGCCAAGGAUGCAGGCCCCAGUCUUCUCUUCAUCAUUUAUGCUGAAGCUAUCGCCAACAUGCCUGCAGCCACCUUCUUCGCCAUCAUCUUCUUCCUCAUGAUCAUCAUGCUGGGACUAGACAGCACGUUUGCAGGUUUGGAAGGGGUGAUCACCGCCGUCCUGGACGAGUUUCCUCAUCUGUUAGCUCGAAAGAGAGAGUGGUUUGUGCUCGGCCUGGUGUGUGUCUGUUACCUUGGCGCACUCUCCACUCUCACCUAUGGAGGAGCGUAUGUGGUGAAGCUGUUUGAGGAGUACGCCACAGGACCUGCUGUCAUUACCGUGGUCUUCCUGGAGGUCAUUGCUGUUUCCUGGUUUUACGGCACAACUCGUUUCUGUAAUGAUGUACAGAUGAUGCUGGGAUUCUCCCCGGGUCUGUUCUGGAAGGUGUGCUGGGUAGCAAUCUGCCCCUGUUUCUUACUGUUCAUCAUUGGCAGUUUCCUGGCUUUCGCGCCUGACGUAAAGCUGUUUGAUUACCAGUACCCACCCUGGACCACCGUGUUGGGCUACUGCAUCGGAGUUUCCUCCUUCAUCUGUGUGCCUUCUUAUAUGGUCUAUCACCUUCUCACCACCAAAGGAACUUUUAAACAGCGACUCCUGAAGGGCAUUACUCCAGAGGCUGGUGGUGGAGGAGGCCCUCACCAAGAUCUUAUCUUCACCAGUGCUGUGUGACCGAUGUUAAGGCUCCCUCUGCUGGACAUGAAGUGUAACUGCAGGAGGAGGGGACUACACCUUAAAACGUCCCCCCCAACUACACAUCCACAGGUUUCCCUUUCAGGGGCCUCACCGAGGGUUUACCCUGUUCACCCUAUUGUUUGAUGGUGGGGCUCGGUUUGGGAAAUUUAGCAUCCUCUUUUGUUCUCAACCAUCCCUUGUACUCCUUAACAUGAUUCUGAAAGCUCAAGAGGGUUGAUUUAAUUCAUAAAGCUAAACCUUAUGAAUGGAUUUUCUGGUCUGACAGCACAAUGUGUCUCUUCAGUGACUACGUGUUUGGUUCAUCCUGAUCGUGUUCUGUUUGAUUUUUUCAUUUUCAUUCAUAUAAGUAAGGAAAAUAAUCAUUAAAUUAGCUGGAUAUACUCUGUAUUACACCUUAUUUUGACUGCUUUUCUUGAAGCCUUUUUUUUUUUCAAAUACAAUUUUAAAACAUACAGAUCGAUAAUAAUUAUAACAUUUCUGUUAAAUAUCCAUUGCAGAAUUCAGGUAUCUUU